GUUCAGGUAUUAAGUUACAGAUAGUUAUGUCCCCUGCUAAAAAAAACAACCAGAAAAACAGUGCUAUUACCUGAAUCGUAACAUACGCCAUUUUAAAGCGGAAGUGAAGAGUGAACCCAGGUACAUGUACUAGAGGUACAGGUAGAAAUGGCUUUUAGAGACAGGCCAUUGUAAGCGGUGCAGGGGCCAUACCCUUUUUACGUGUGAAAUAUAUGGUAUUAAAAUGGAAUAAGCAACGGUUCCAUCACUUAGUAAAUAAAUACCAGUACGCAGUAUAUAAUUUUGUGCACAAAUAUUUUGAAGAACUGUUAUAGUUAUUGAAUUGACUAAGUAAAGAAAGAGUAAGAAGACUCAAAAGAGGUAAGAGUCCGGAAGUGUUUACAGAAAUUUGAAUUUUAAGUUAACUAUAAAUUAACUCAAACUUGCUAUGUUGAUCAUAAUCAUGGUUAUAGAAAACUAUUAACAAUUUCACGUACAAAACUUAAAAAAACCAGACCUAAUUAUUAUAUACUUAUGAGUAAUACUAAUACAUACUUAUAUAAACGUAUUAUUUGUAAUAAGUAGUAAUUACUAGGGUUAGCCAGGCUAGUCAGUAUUAAAAAUUAAAACUAUUAUUACAAUUAUUAGUAUUUAAAAGUAUUUAAUAUUUAGACUAGACACUAGUAGUUAGUAGUACUAGUCCUCCUAGGUCUUAUGGAUUUUGUACCAAACUGUCCAAGGCACACUAACUAAUCACUAUAUAAUAUUGUUAGGCAAUCUUAUGCCUAUUUUUUAAGGCCAUGCCUAUUUAAUGCAGGCUAUUACUAUUAAUAUUCUAUUAUUAAUACAAAUUAGUGUGAUUGAUGAAUGAGGCAAUUGUAAAUACAUAACAUAGUCAAAGUGUAACCUACUAACUAAGACUAAUCUAAUGUACAGAGAAGGAAGUAAUCUACCAUUUUAGUGAAAUCAGUGUCAAUUAUUAAAGCAUUGUGUUGUUUUGGGUCUGAUGUAAAUACUAAAUAUGUAAAAAAAUGUUGGCUACUAUACUACCAGAAAUACCAGACAGUGGAGAGAAGGCCACCGGUUUUUUUUUUGCUGGCAUUUAAAAUGUACGAAAACUCUUUUGUGGCCGAUAAACAAUACUCGGUUGGUCCCAAUGAUGCAGUUACCGGUGUCCACAUGCAGAAUGUAGAAAUUAUGUGGAUGUGUGCAAACUUAAAAGACAGUUUGGCACCAGCUGUGCUCCUAUCACUUCUUAUUACCUGUUUGCUUACAUAAAUUCUUUUCAUAUAUUUGAUUGUUAAAAUUUUUCUAUUUUAAAAGUUUUGUCUUGGAAUAUUAUACAUGUGCUGAAAUUAAUUUGUACAAUGUCAUUUAAAAAAAGAUUCCCCUUUAUUUGGAUCAAUAAAACCAAAAAACAAAAGAAUAACGGUAAAAUAGCACUUCAAAUCCAAAAACAUGAUUUUUGAAAAGCCAGUGUUGAAGUGGUAGAUUACUCAUAAGGAAUUAAAUCGGUGGGCCAAGCUAUAAUGAACACAACAAAUAUCCCAAUAGCUCUGCUAUGGACCCACCAAAUAUCCCAAUUCACAACCCACACUCCCCCACUUAAUUUCACUCCCCCGUUAAUGUUCAGGGAGUGGGGAGGGAGGACAGCAAAGCAGCAACUCCGUAAUGACUCCAUUAAUUGUGGACACCUGGCUGCCCUGAAAUGCCAAAGAUAGCUUCACAUUAAGGAGUGGAUGCCAUGCUGAAAUGGUCACUAAUUCUGGUUCCCAUGACUGCAACUAGUUCACCAACCCAGGAGCAAGUAGUAACCCUGUUUGUUGGUGGUUGGUCAACCCAGAUGGGGUAAGCCUGCGAUAAAUAAAGGGCCCAUAAAUAUAUAUAUAUAUAUAUAUAUAUAUAUAAAUACAUAUAUAUAUAUAGUCAAAGAAACACUGACUGCGGAUAAGCAGAAGAUGAUAUUUCAUAAACCAGUGUCUGCACUCCUUGAUCUAGGCCUUACGUCUUAUGAAUAAAUUAUAUCAAGAAAUGGCAUUGGUGCCCCAAGUCUUUAGUGUUACCAAAAAUUUUUUGUACAAUGAUUCGGUGCACAGCUUUCUUUCCAAUUUAUUCCAAGAAAAAUAUACUGAAUUAAAAGAAAUACAAUUUUCAAAAUACCACCCCAUAAUUUGAUUUUUUACCCACGUUCUCAUGGACAAAAAUGUAAUGAAAUUAAAAUGUUAAUGCAUCAUUUAAUUUUGCUAUUCUUUCAGAUCAUAAUCACCAUCUCCUUGUAGUGGCAUCACGAGAUGGAAUCUAAUUUUAAAAGUUGUGUUCUUUGGGUUUUGCUUUUAAUGAAUUUCGUUGAUGGCCAAGUAACAACACAAAGUAAGCAUAUAGUGUGUGUUUUAACAGUUACAGAGGAUUUAUAAAGAGGUUCUUAAGUUAUGCCUAUUUAAAUUACGCCAACAAUAGCUCUUCUGACAUUAUUUAGUUUAAUUGGCAAUUUUAGGGAAAAGUAAAAUUAUGGGAGAUUCAUGCCACACAAAGUUAGACCCCAUCAGUGCCACACAAAGUUUAAUCCCAUCAGUGCCACACAAAGUUUGAUCCCAUCAGUGCCACACAAAGUUUGAUCCCACACAAAGUUUGAUCACAUCAGUACCACACAAAGUUUAAUUCUGUCAGUGCCACAAAAGUUUGAUCCAUCAGUGCCACACAAAGAGAUCCCAUCAGUGCCACACAAAGUAAGCCCCAUCAGUGCCACACAAAGUUAGGCCCCAUCAGUGCCACACAAAGUUAGUCCCAUCAGUGCCAUACAAAGUUAGAUCCCACACAAAGUUUGAUCACAUCAUCACCACACAAAGACAUCCCAUCAGUGCCACACAAAGUAAGCCCCAUCAGUGCCACACAAAGUUAGGCCCCAUCAGUGCCACACAAAAUUAGGCCCAUCAGUGCCAUACAAAGUUUGAUCCCACACAAAGUUUGAUCACAUCAUUACCACACAAAGAGAUCCCAUCAGUGCCACACAAAGUAAGCCCCAUCAGUGCCAAACAAAGUUUGAUCCCAUCAGUGCCACACAAAGAGAUCCCAUCAGUGCCACACAAAGUUUGAUCCCAUCAGUGCCACAUAAAGAGAUCCUAUCAGUGCCACACAGAGUUUGAUCCCAGCAGUGCCACACAAAGAGAUCCCAUCAGUACCGCCCAAAGUUAAAUCCUAUCAGUGCCUCACAAAGUUAGAUCCCAUCAGUGCCACACAAAGUUAGGCCCCAUCAGUGCCACACAAAGUUAGGCCCCAUCAGUGCCACACAAAGUUAGGCCCCAUCAGUGCCACACAAAGUUAUGCCCCAUCAUUGCCGCACAAAGUUAGGCACCGUGUCUUGGAGCAGAUCCAAAAUCUGUAAACAUUUUCAUGUAUUUAUAAUAUGAGAAUAAUUAAGUCAUGCUUGUUUUAAAAUUUUGCCUAUGUUGGCUUUUUUUUUACUCAAGCACAUUUUGAUUUAAUAAUUAUAGAUAAUUUUGUGGCAAUUCAUGGCUGUGAGGUCCUGUAUCUUAUGCCAGAUUUUUUUUAAAAAUGGAAUUUUUUACAACACUGCCAUUCAUAUGACCUGAUAAAGGUAACAGGAACCAUGUUAUUCCCAUCUGCUAUUUGAAAAGCAUGGCUUUACUUUGUGAAGAAAAACUGACAGGGUUUUGGGGACAAUAAUUUGUUAAUAUGCUUGCAUUUUUAACUUCAAUAUUAAUAUGAGGAUUAGGCGUAUGUGAUAAGAAAUCCUGUAUUUUUAAAAAGAUUUAUUAUACUUUUCUAGAUUGUCGGAAUAAACUAUUUGUGUUCUCAUCAUAUAAUUAAUCAUGUUUGGAUUUAUGCAACAAAAUGCCAUGUCAGAUCACUUAGUAAAAGUGAAUACAUUUAUUUGUCUUAAUGAUAGCACAGGCCUCGACAGCAUUAAGGGAAAGAUACAUCAUCUGUGUUUGCUUGUGUCUUUGGUCUGUACAUCUUCUGUUUUUGCUUGUCUUUGGUCUGUACAUCUUCUGUGUUUGCUUUUCUUUGGUCUGUACAUCUUCUGUUUUUGCUUGUCUUUGGUCUGUACAUCUUCUGUUUUUGCUUGUCUUUGGUCUGUACAUCUUCUGUUUUUGCAUGUCUUUGGUCUGUACAUCUUCUGUUUUUGCUUGUCUUUGGUCUGUACAUCUUCUGAUUUUGCUUGUCUUUGGUCUGUACAUCUUCUGUGUUUGCUUGUCUUUGGUCUGUACAUCUUCUGUUUUUCUUGUCUUUGGUCUGUACAUCUUCUGUUUUUGCUUGUGUCUUUGGUCUGUAUAUCUUCUGUUUUUGCUUUGGUCUGUAUAUGUACAAUAAUCUGUUCCCCCAGUUUGAAAUUUUGUUUGCUGAUUUUUAUUGGAUUAAGAGAGAUGUGCAGUUGUCUUUCUGCAAUAUAUUCAUUACAUUUAAUUCAUAUCAAGCAGGCAUACUUAGUAAAAAAAUCUUAAAGACCAUUCUAUAGUAUAUUUUUUCCAAAAAAAAAGUUCACUUACAUUUUUUUGUUACAGCUUGUCCCUCAGACAUUGGUUGGCUUAUGUUUAGUGCUAAAUGUUACAAGUUUGUAGCAUUUCCCCGUUUGGACCAGCCUGGUGCUAGUGCAGCCUGUCAAGAAAACGGUGCUACCCUCUUGAGUGUCAACACACCGGAAGAGCAUCAGUUUGUUGCUAACUGGCUUCUGACAAAUGAUCAGAGACGGUAAUAUUUUUUCUUCUCUGUCAAAUUUUUGGUUUGUGCCAUAUGUACAAAAAAUUCAACUCGUUCAAUUACGUUCAAUUAUAAUUCAAUAAUCAGACUCACUCCACGUUGUCAACAGGGAUAUUUGGCUCACAAGUGGAAUAACAGUAAACUCAGGCAUCAGGUGGCAAGGGGAUGGCAGUAUAGGUGGUUCCUUAGAUAAGUGGAUGCCCAACACUGCAACUGUACGCAAAGAUGAUGGUUUGAGAGUAGUCUACAAUUACACUGGUAAUGAUGCAUGAUGGUAUUAGUCUGGAUUUAAAUCUAUAAACAAAAUCUGAAGACUUCUUUUGAAAUAUGUGAUCUUCAUUAUUAUAAUUAGCACUGCCAAUGAAUUAUUUCCUGUGGUAAAUGUACAGAUCUUGCAUAGAUUUGUCAUUAAUAAAUGUUUGAAACAAAAUAAAUAGUGUACUGAAAGAAAAGAUUUUAAAGAGCAAAUAUUUUACUUCAAAACAAUUAAAUUAAUAUUUGAUUAAUUUUUUAAAAAAAGAAAGGACAAUGAUUGUUUAAGAAUGUAAUUGCAUAUUUUGAAUGUUCCCAGGUGUUGAAUACCUUUGGAAUGUUGGCAAGGAUGGUGAACCAUAUUCUUUUGUCUGUGAAAUAAGUUUAGACGAGGUUUACAGGAUUGUUCAACAACAAAGAGAUUUUGGUAUUUAAACUUUUAUAUCUUAUUUUCAGGAUCAAAAUUUAGGGUUCAAUUUCUUGUAUUUGCUUUCAGUUAAUGGUGUUUAUUUUUUUCACUGGGCAGACUUUUCUAUAUUUAGAUGAAAAUCUAGUUGGAUGUCAAAUAUUACGUUCUACUAAAAUAACCUUUGGUACAGUUUCAUGAUUCUCUUUUCAAUCCUACAGAUUAUGGUUUGAAUGUUGACAACCCCACACAGGCACCCAGAGGCCCCACUUUUCUCCAAGAACCCCAAGAUACUAUUGUUUUAGGAUCAACUACUACAGUCUAUUUCCAGUGCUUAGCUCAGGCUAAUCCACAAGCCUCUUAUGAUUGGUUGAAGUUAACUAAUGACAACAGAAUGAUUCCAUUGGGAGUAUCCACUAGGUAUUUGCAUUCCACUAAUAUUUUUUUUUUAAUUAAAAAAAUUGUAUCCUUAUUUUUUUUUUUUACUUUCUUGAUAUUUACCCACUUAAUAUAAGUUGGAAAAGAACUGGGUACAAUCUUUAUUCAAGGACUGGAUAAGAGCUAUGGUUUUGUAAUCAUCCUUUUUGACUGAUGCGUUAGCUUUUUUUAUUAUAAAUUAGCCAAUCAGCCCACAAAACAAUUGUUUAUAUACCUAGCUAGUUUAAAAAGAAUAUUGAUUUUUAUGGGAUUUAAAAAAAUUCAUUUGUAUUCACCAAAUUAUGACUUGAGAAAUGUUCAAUACAACUAUUGAAUGGUAGAAUGGCCAUACUCAUGCCUGUGCUUUCAAUUUCACAGAUAUUCAUUUACUACUGGUUUACUAGAGAUUCGGAAUCCAGGGAUGGAUGAUGAGUCCACAUACAUGUGUAAAGCUAACAAUGACUACGGAACAGUUAUAAGCUCAUCUGCUCGACUCACUUUUGGUGAACUUGGCGAUUUUUCAAAUGUGAAUCCAGCACCUGUGAAUGGGAAAGAAUAUGACGGUGCCAAUCUAGAGUGUCCAUAUAUCAAUGGAAAACCAUGUAAGAUUUUUUUUAAUUUCAUAGUUUUUGUAGUAAUCUUUAUAUUUAAAUACCCUUUUCAUUAAUAAAUUGUGAAACUUGGAUAUAUAGAAAUGCCAAUUUUUAUUUUAUGCUCCAGCUCUGCGUCAAAUAUUUAUUAGAGACGUUAAUAAUAUGGUCCAGUUUAUGGUAUAAGAUGGAAUAGUAAGGGUAGGUGUAGGAUGUAAUGCAAGUGUCAUCAAACUUUUUAGACCGUGGGGCCAGUUAACCAUCACUCAAACACUGUUGGGAGCCGAACUGUAGUUUGAAAAAAAAUAUGAAUGAAUUCCUAUGCACAUCCAACUUGAAGUGCUAAAAACAGGAAAAAUUAAUACAAUUUUUAAAAUGAGGAACAUAAUCUUCGUAGUAGUAAGUACUUCAAUGCUAAAGAUAUGGUCAAUGUUUGGUUUUAUAUUCGUCAUUUCUAGUUGUAACAAGUGAUGCAUCAUGUUUUAUGCUGAUCUGACUUUAAGUUUGAACCAUGUUGAAUUUCACCAGUAACUUGAUCAGUGACAGACUGUGAUGAUGUGGUGCCCACUAAAUAAAACUUAAUAUUUGUAGCAAAUACAUGUCUGUAAAACAAAGUGACUCCAGAUUGCAAUAUAAGCGUCGGUAAUCAAAUAUUAGAAGUUAACUUUUUUUUUACGCCAGCUUAACUCGAUCCCACUAGGCAAUGCAAUUCCAGUAGUUGUUUUAUUCAAUAUAUAUACUGUAUGUUUAUUUAUUUACUAUUAGAUACUGUAUUGUUCUUUUUUGAGAACAUAUUUUAUGAUUUCAGAAAGUUCGAGGGUAAACACUUCUGGAAAUUAGUAAGGUUACUAAGACUUGAAUAUGUCUGUUAGAGCCACAUUUCUUUUGUUCUGCCAGUUCCAUUUGUUAAAUUGGAUAAAAAAAAUGUCAAUGUCAACAGAAAAUGUGUGUUGGAAAAGCUACGAGUCCUAUUCAUGGAGAUGAAUCUUUAUUUUAUUAAUUUGAGACUCCUAUUGCAACCUAUCUGGUUGAGAAAACAAUUUUUUUUCUUCUGGUUUCUCCAUCAUCACGUUUUGAGUUUUGUGGAGAGAUGGCAAAAGUUUUCCUCCUUUAACUUCUUUCUAAGGAGAUUUAACUUUAUUUGAAAGGCUUUUACAUGUGAAUGCAUAUCGCUGAUGAGCAUUCCCUUUCCUUAAAGUUGCACGUUGAAAUUGUUGAGCAGCUCUGUUACAUCUAGAAAGGUUAGGUGCCAUUUCUAUUCUGUAUCUUGAGCUCUGUUUUUUUUCAAAAGCAGAUUAAUUAGACACAAACAAUUUGUGUCAAUAAAACAAUAUAUGUUCAGCUUUAAUAAUAAUAUUACAUAAUACACAAGUAAACAUUUCGGCAAAUGCCUUCAUCAGUAUAACAACAAAACAUAAAAUAAGUAUAAAUUGUCUGUGUCUCAUUAAUCUCUUUUAAAGCUUUAUCGCAGUCCAACACUCUUAUAAUUAGUUAAUUUUUCAAAAGCAAAAAGGCUGAAACCUGUUUAAGUCAUAACAACAUGUUGAAACUUGACCUCGGCUGACCCAUCAGUGUGCUACCGAAUAUCUAUAUAGGCAACAUUUAGAUCAGACAGAUAUUCCAGAAACUGUCUUAUAUUGUAUAUGCACAACUUGUCGUGUAUUGCAGAUUGAAUCACUUUUAUUGGCAUUUUCACAGGUACUUGUUCACAACUUAAAAACACGGGUACUAUUACAGCUGCCUUAGAUUGGGGACCCAUGAUAUAAUGGGACAUUGGAUUGGUUGGGGAAAGAUUGAAGUUGGAUUGGUUUACAUGCUUUUAAAUCUAUUGCACUGACUAGUAAAUUGACAGGUUUCAAAUGUAACUGCUUUGCCACAUUGCCCGUUAUUGAUUAUUGGGACACAAAUUAUGCAUUUUUAAAAUUAAUUUUACUUUGAAAUUCCUAUUUUAAUUACAAAUGUAGGUUAUUUAUUAUAUUAUAUUAGUUAUAAUACACACAGUUAAAGUGCCACCAUUUGGAUUUGAUAGAAGUAAGAGUAAUUAUUAUAUAAGCCCCUUUUAUUCAGUAUUCAUCAAUGUAAAUUUAUUUUCUUUUACGGCACCUAAUAAUGACUUCAUAGAAGUCACCACCACAAUUAAUCUCUUCACAGCCACUUGUAUUUGUAAGAGUUUUUUUUUUAUGUUAUUAAGUUUAUGAAUAUUUACUUCUUAUUUUAAUGAGCAUUUUUUUUUUUUUUUUAAAUUCAGAACUUUAAUCUUCAUUUGUUAUCAAUUUGUUCUUCUUUUUCCCCACAGCCAAAACUUACCAGUGGUACAAAAACAAUUUUUUAAGUUUUAUAUUGUAUUUGUAAGAGUUUUUUUUUUAUGUUAUUAAGUUUAUGAAUAUUUACUUCUUAUUUUAAUUAGUUUUUUUUUUUUUUUUUAAAUUCAGAACUUUAAUCUUCAUUUGUUAUCAAAUUGUUCUUCUUUUUCCCCACAGCCAAAACUUACCAGUGGUACAAAAACAAUUUUUUAAGUUUUAUCAGGCCAGAUUUCCAAACACACACUUUCAUUUCUGCCAAUGGGAAACUUUAUUUUUCUGAGCUUGCUCCUUCUGAUCAGGGAACGUACUACUGUCUUGUUACACUGUCAAAUUUUGGUCAGAGUGGUAACUAUAUUGGAGCAUCACAAACAGAGAGUAGAACAAGUCUUGGAUUUAAUUUGAAUGUGCAAUCUGCGGGGGCAAGUCGGUUUCAACCUAUUAUUCAGAAUGAAUUUAUAUUUGUUUUUCCUGCAACUCCGACAAAAGGGGGGAAUGUCAGGCUGGAAUGCUUUGCUUAUGGCACUGGGCCUUUAAAGUACACAUGGUCUCGUGAAGGUGGGCGGCCCCUUCCAAAUGGCUAUGCCUUGGAGAGCAGUGACCGUAUUCUGCUGCUUAAAAAUGUAGAAUUAGCAGACGGUGGCAAAUACACAUGCAAAGUGUUUAGUUCUGCAACAAACCUCCAGGAUACCAGGACAAUGGAUUUGAAGAUCCAAGCCAAACCUUACUUCACCUACCCGCUUACUCAUCAACAUGUGGAUGUUGGGAGUCGUCUGACAUGGCAUUGUGAGGCUGCAGGUAGACCGACACCUACAUAUCAAUGGUAUAAGAAUGGAGAGGUCUUGAAAUCUUCACCAGGCAUUACUGUAGAUGUUAACACAUUGACUAUUACGACUGUAGAUGGGAAGAGAGAUAAUGGGAUGUAUCAGUGCGCAGCAUCAAACUCUUAUGGAACUACAUUCAGUACAGCACAGCUACGCGUUUUAGGUAAAGAAUAUUUUUUUUUUUAAAAAUAUAUGCUGAAUCAGCUUUAAAAAUAGUGUUGUAGAAAAAGCAUUUUUAAAAUUUUUAUUAAAUGAAUUCAUAACUUGAAAAGUAAUUUAUGUUAAAAGUUUUAAAUAAAAUAUGACUUCAAAUCAAUGCGGAUGAAAAUGUGCAUGUUUCAAACAUAUUUUACUUUCUACUUAGUAUCAAAUUAAAAUUUUGCAUUGUUUCUAUUUUAACGUUUGCCUUAAAAUAUUUUAAUAAUAUAAAUUAGGUGCUAGAUCAACUCGGUCAUGAUAAAACUUUCAAAACAUUAUAUUUGUUGCUUUACUAUAGAGAUAUUCAAGAUUGCUAACUAAAUUGGUCCCCUUUUUCAUGCAGAGAUUAAACCAUCUUUUGAUAAAACGCCUAUGAUGAAAACACAGUCUGGGGCUGUCGGUGGAAAUGUGACAAUUAUUUGUGAUCCUGUGGCGGCACCCAUGCCUACAUAUAUUUGGUUGAAAGAUGGGAGCAAUUUAAAUCUCCAGCCAGGUGUUUCUAGUGAAGGUGACCAUUAUCGUAUGUUGCUUAAUGGCAACUUGCUCAUUCAGGGUCUACAAACUAGUGAUCAGGGGAAAUAUACCUGUCAGGUGGAAAAUAAAGUUGGAAAAGCUGAAGAUUAUACCAAUCUUAGGAUUUUAGGUAUGGAAUUGUUAACAGAUUAAUCUUAUCAAAUUACAAUUAACAGUUCUGUUGCUAUUAAAUUCAUUUUCUUUAAAAAUUAUUUGAGAAGUUGAACAAUUUCACCCAUGAAUAUUUUAAACAAAUUCUUCAGAGCGUACAGUUUUAUCUCAAAGUCCAAGUGAUCAGAGAGUGGAAGUCAACCUUACAGCAACAUUAUUGUGUCAAGCUUCAUACUCUCUUCAAACUGAUAUGGUUUAUGUUUGGAAGUUCAAUGACCACAUCAUUGAUUAUAUUAUUGAGCCUGAGUAUCGCCAGGUAGAAAUCUUUAUACAAUAGUUAUAAUUUUUUUUAAAUGCUGGUGUGACAAGUCCUAUUAAAUCAUAUUUUUAUUCUGGGUUCAGUUAAAUAAAAUAGGUCUGGGUUAUUUUAUUUCAAAUAUGUUGCUUUUUGCUAAGCAUCAAGAUGAACAAUCACAAUAAAAAAAUAUUGGCUUGGAAGAAUUAAGUUAGUCACACUUUCAUCCAUGCAGAAGAAGCCUUCUAUGGUGAUACAUUAGGCGAAACAGUUAACUUUUUGAAUAGUAAAAUUUGUUAGACUUAAACAAGUUAUAAAAUAAUAAAUUUCCUAUUUCUAAUAUAACAAACUUUUAGGGUGAAGGAAAUCAAAGGGGGUCACUGUACAUUAUUGCCACCCAAUACAAGAACGAAGGAAAGUACACAUGCAUACCUACUACUGGAAUGGAUCAACUGUCUGCUUCAGCUUAUGUCACUGUCAUGGGUAAGUGUGUUCUUAUGCAUUGGCUCUUAACCUAUUUUGUAGUGUGUGCGUUUGUGUGGGAGACCAACGUGCCUUUAGUUUUUUGAAACAAGAAAAAAAAAACUGCUCUUUUAUAUCUGUUACCGGCAAAGUGUGAAAUCCGGCAUUAUAUAGAAUGCCUAGGUGUUAUAUAGAAUGCCUGAAAAUUGUUGGCAAAAAAUGAAAUGGUUCAUAUUACACACAUUUCCUAGGCCUUCUAUAUAAUGCCUAAGAGCGACCCGGCAAUGUUUAGAAUACUCCGCCAUUAAUGUUUGAUUCUUUGCUUGGUGGUGGCGUGGCGAUUGCGACACACUUGCUUCGUACUCCCGCCAAAGACGCUACACCUAUUGUUUCAAGAUUGCUGCCGAGAUGUUGUAAGAUCAGAUUGUAGCUUUAGAUCAGGAAUCACGGUAUGUUUACAUGCAACGGCGGUUCUACAAUGGACUUUCUCAUUUACGAGCCAAUACUGCUAAAAACUGCGUUUCUCUAACGGAAACUAGUUACCAAAAAUUGGUGGAUGAUGUUAAAAUGGCUUGGAUGGCAACUCCAAGAAGAAACCACGAGACUAUUUGCUGCUGAAAUGCGAUGAUGUAAUGGCGGUAGAGAACAAAAGUAAGUUGAUCUAUCCUGUUAAAGAAGGCGACAGUGCUAUUCAGUUCUAUGUCACGGAUUCUGAAUUAUUUGACGUACUUGGAGAGGCUCAUUUGGCCGUGGGACAUGGAGGAAGGGACAGAAUGUUGAAAGAACUUUGACACAAGUAUAAGACCAUUACACGUAAUGAUAUUGAACUUUACCUCCACCUUUGUGAGUCGUGCCAGAAGAAGCAAAAAGGUGUCAAAAAGGGUGUUGUGGUGAAGCCUAUGAUUUCUUCUGAAUUCAACUCCCGAGGUCAGGUCGAUCUUAUCGAUUUUCAGUCCCAUCCUGACAGGGAAUAUAAAUUUAUAAUGGUGUACCAAGAUCAUUUCACAAAGUUUGUGGUUCUGAGGGCUUUAACAUCAAAGAGGGCGGAAGAGGUAGCCUACACACUAGUGGAAAUAUUUACAUUGCUUGGAGCUCCAUCAAUUCUACAGUCCGAUAAUGGCAGAGAAUUUACCAACAAUGUGGUGAACAGCCUAAAAGAGAACUGGCCCAAGUUGAAGAUCAUCCAUAGUAAACCGUGCCACUCACAAAGCCAGGGCAGUGUCGAAAGAGCUAAUCAAGACAUCGAAAACAUGCUAUGUGCUUGGAUGCAAGAUGAAAAAACUGACCACUGGGCUGAGGGAUUACGAUUCAUCCAACUUAUGAAGAACAGGGCCUUUCAUUCUGGGAUUAAGAGAACGCCUUAUGAAGCCCUGUUUGGCUGCAAAGCUAAAGUGGGCCUUGCAACUUCUUCCAUACCCCCUGACGUUUUGACAUACAGACUGAGGAAGAACUCGAAAAAAUAAUAAUAAUAAUAAAGUUUAUUUGAAAAACACGCUUCAUCCCCAAAAGCUAGAAGCGUGGUACAAAGUCAACCAUAUUAAAAAGAGAAAUAAAAACAAUCUAAAAUUCACCACAUUUAAAAACAGACACAACAAUAUAAAACUACUUACGAGCAUACCAAGUCAAAAUAAUAGAAAGCGUAAAACAACACAGCAGGAAGAUGCAAGAUACAGAGCCUACUAUACAGAAUACUGAAGAGAAUGUUGAUUGUGACGUCAUGGUUACCGAAUAGCCUUCCACUUUUGGUGUUUGUUGUGUCUGCUUAAAAGAAAGCAGCGUUGCCCAUGCAUGCCGAAACUGUCACCGUAAUGUUCAUGUGAUCUGUGGGCAAGCUGCUAAAGACGAUGGAGAUGAGGAAAUAGAAGGUUAUGGUGUUGGUAUUUUGUGCAGCUUGUGUUUCAAGAUAAAGAGAGCUAUAGAGGCAAGAAAAGAAUCUAAAUCGAAUCUUGAAAUCCAGGCCAAAAAAAAAAUGAAAAUAAACUCUGACAAAAAAUUCCCGCCACUGCGCGAGUUCCUAUUCAUGGCGUUGACAAGGGACGGGGUGACUCGCGCAAUCUGUUGGCAGUUGUUAUGGCAGAGACAGAAGAUGGCUUUUACCGACUUGGAAUUGCACAAGGUUCGAGAUCACAGUUCGCUGUAUGUCCAAAAGAUUUAUUGAGAGUUGAAGACGUCACUGCCCAUGAAAUACCUCUCCAAACUGAUGCUAUCUCUCAGUCAACAGGAAGCGGUCAAGGAUACAUGAGGUGUAUGUGCAAGACCAGGUGCCAAAACAUGAAGUGUCUUUGUUUGAAAAAGAAAAUUGCAAUUCAAAAUGCCACUCCAGCCUUACUUGCUUAAAUAGAAGCUCGAUGCCACCUUUGCUUUUCGGUUUCAUUGUUAUCUUUUGUAUUCUAAUACAUUUUUCCGAUAAAAACAUUUUCUUUACGCUCUUUUGAAACUUUGCCUGAAGUAUAUUUGUCAUUAUAUAUAAUACCUAGGCAAUGUAUAAAAUGCCUAGGCAAAGUAUGUAAAUUAAUCACGAAAAUAAAAUAUUUCAUACUUUGUCUAAAACUGCCUGGCAUUCUAUACAAUGUCUGAAUUUCACACAUUGCCGGUAACAUACAUCAAGUCCUUUUUUUUUCUCAAUGGACCAUGAAAAUAAAAAUUGUCAUUAGAUUAUUACAUUUCUAAUGUCAGAUCCUCUAGAAAAAAAAAUAGAAAAAAGUGUUUAUUACAUUUUUUAAAUAUCUUUUAUGAUUGUUAAUUUUCUCAGGACCACCUGGUGAACCAGCGGGUGUAUAUGUUCAGACAAGAUCCCUUCCCAAUACGAAUGAUGCUGCUACAGAAAAUAUCAACCCUGAUACCACACGAUACAUUGUCUGGACUGAUGGAGAAGACCAUGGAAGUAUAAUUACAGAUUACUUUGUUGAAUUUCGAACUAGCUAUGACUCAAAAUGGAGAAUACAUCCUGAUGGAAACAGUAAGUUAUUUUGGUUUAAUUUUAUAUAAAUACAUAAGCAAAAAUGACUAUUUGUUGAGAAAAUAUUGACUUCCUUAAAACCAACACCUUGCAUCCACAUGGAAAAGUAUGUUCUAUUCAGAGAUGAAAUGUUUGAAAUGCUAUAUUUGAUAUUUUAUUUUUGAAUGCUUGUAUAUCAAGACUAAGUUUGAGAAAUUUGAUCUUCAAAACUCAUAAAAUUAAACUGUUUUACCAAAAAUAGUGAAUAAAAUUGUUGAUUUUAUUAUAAAUAUAAUUAUAAAUAAUCAGUCUCAAAGUUAUGAACUACUGUAAAUAAGCUUAAAUAUUAAACAGGAGAAAGUUGAGAUUUAGAAAAAUUAGCUCAUUAUAAUUAACCUAUUUAUUUCAGAUAUUCCAAAAUUCAGUACCAUAAAUGAGCAGUAUCCUGAUAAAAGAUUUGUUCGCUUGACAAACCUCAAAGCUGGUGCUGGAAUACAAUUUAGGGUCAUGGCCAGAAACAGUUUUGGAAUUGGAGUUCCCAGUCUUCCUACAGGUUAGGGAAAUUUAACUUGGUAUAGUCACAAGAGAGAUCUAUAGUCUUACCUUUAUGAACAAUGAGCAAAUGGAGGAAGUAGAAAAUUCCUUUAAAAAAAUAUAUAUAAUUAUUUAAUAGAUUAUAUGCUGAAUUCAUUAAUAAGACUGUAAAGCAUGUUCUUAAGGUACAGUUUUUAGGAUUAUUUUUACCUUUAUAAUUUUAAAUAAAUAAUAUUUUAUUUAUCCCUUGUUCCAGGAAUGACUCAAAUUGUUGAUGCCAAACCAACACAGACUGUUACAAAUGUUCGUGGCGGUGGUGGUAGUGUUGGAGAUCUGACUAUUGUUUGGGAUGUAAGUUUUAAAAAUCUCUUUGGGGGGGGGGGGGGGGUUGUGCCGUCUUAUGGCAAGGACCCGCUGGGCACUGGCCCAGGGCCUCACAUUCUAGGAGACUCACUCUUUUAGAGGAAUCAUGCUUUACAUAUUGUUAAUGAAUGUAGGAUCUAGACAAUUUAAUUUGAUUAAGUCACAGGACAGCACAUUUCCCCAUUUUAACCCACGGUAUUAUAGGUACAUUCCAAAAUUAAUAUUAAUGUGAAUCACAAAUUGGAUUCUUUUUAAACUUUAAGGAGAAUAACUCUCGUCAACGAGUUGUACUUCUUCCAGAUAUCAAUCAAAAGUUAAAAUAUAGUAAGCAUUUGUGUUUACCCCACUGCUCAGUACUCAGUAGUGAAAUUAGUUGAGAAAAGCAGUGCCCUCUUAAGGCAUGGGCUCACUGCGCACUUGCUCUGGUCUCGCGUCUUUUGGCAGGCCUCAUGCUCGACAGGGCCUCAUGCUCGACAGGGCCUCAUGCCUCUAGGAAACCUCACGCUUCUAAGGGCAAUAUGCUGCCACUAUUUUUAGUGAAUAUUGGAAUAUUUGUGGCAAUUUCUUUUGCUUUCAAAUUGAAAGUGGCAAGACCGUUGUAGCAGUUUAUUUAAACAAGUUUUUCGAUUCUCACAUCAAAUUAAUUUUUUGGUACUAGCUUCAGAAAUUUUUUGGGGAUAAUUUGAAAAAAAUCCAUUAAUUAUUUUCUUGGUGGGGAUUUGCGGGAGUGAUUAAUCAAAAGAUUUACAAAAGACACCAAACUUCAUUCUUUAGUAAAAGUAAAUGAAGAAAGUUAUAGUAGUUACAAAUUUGAAAUAAAAUUUUUAAGUUACUGUAGAUAAAUAAUAUUUAUUAAUAUAUUAAAUAUGAAUGUGAAAUCUUUGGUAAAUUUUAAUAUCUCCUUAUUUUUUUAUACCAUUUAGAUCCAAUUUAUUUUUAAAAAUUACCUGUUUUAUAUAGCCAUACAAAAUCUAUAGACCUUUUACUUUUAUACACUAUAGUAUUCUUUCUCAUUUUUUUAUAACUGUAUAUUUUGGGAAAUCCUAAUUAAGUUUUUAAUUAAAUCUAAAAUGAUAAUUAUCAUUCAAACAUACUAAUAGAUUGUUUGUCAUUUUUUUAAAUUAGCCAUAAAUUUGUUUGAACGAAAUUUUUAAAUUUUAUUUAUUUGUGUUCCUUCGUAGCUGAAUUUUUUUAAACAAAUAAAUUGUUUAAAAAUAAAAUUCUGAAACAACAUAAUAUUUAGAUACAACUAGAAAUAAAAGGAAUUGUGUUAUCCAUGCAUGGUCAAGGGAACUUAAAUUUCAACUAGCAUCUUUUCUGUUGCUAUCCGGUUUAAGUGUAGAAUGAUGCAAAUUCAUUUUAUGCACCUAAAUGCAUCGGAUCAUUUUUACGUUAUCAAAGAUUUUAUUGGGAUGGGCUUACUGAUACCUCUCUCCAAACUUUACCCCCGAUUUCGUUCGGCCCCCUCAGUCUCUUCUCCCUCCAAAAUUAAAUAAGUUUUAAUAAAUUAACUUGUCGACUAUUAAUAUUUCACACAGCCUCUUCCUGUAGAAGAUCAUAAUGGACCUAAUUUAAGGUACAGGGUUUCAUGGAGAACACUAGAAGCAGGUGCUCAAGCAGAUUCUUCCAAAUGGAGAAGUGUAAGUUUUUCUUACUUUUUUCGUGGUGUAUAUUUAAAAAUGUUUAAGCAUCCUUAUUAUAUGAGUAUGUAAAGUGGCUAAAAAGUUGUGAAAUUAUUUAAACCAGAACAAAGCAUUCUUAACUUCAGCUUAAUAAACGUCAUUCUCACAUUUAAAUCAAUAUAAAUUUUUUUUUUACUCCUUUACAAAUUAUAAUAUAAUUGUUCCUCACGUCACAUUUUUCAAAAAAAGAUUCUUUAAAAUUAAAUUCUUCAAUUAGUGAUUUCAUCAGCAAUAUUUUUUUUUAUAUUAUAUUAUCAUUUGCAAAUAGGUAUAAAGGUUCACGACAGCACAGGCUUUACUAUUGAUGGCCUCACAUGUCAUAAUUAACCCAUUCAUGUCCACAUUAAUUUCUAAUGAAAAUAUAUCAAGAUCUUUAUUGAGCUCAAAAUAUGUCCACAGGUCAUUUUUUUAAAAUUCAAGUGUUUGGGGAAAAAAAUACAGAGCGUCCUAUUGUCGGACAGUGGGGACAUAAAUGUCAUAUUAUUUUUUGCACAUCUUCAUUCUUGCAGCAUUUGGUGCAUCUAAUUUGCUUUAGGUUGGCAAUGAUAUAAACUUCACAUGUAUAUAUAUAUCAUUGAAGCUUGUUUUAAAAAAUUAAAUCCUUAAUAACACAUUGCAUGUGACGUAGCAGGUAGCAGGAACUUGAGAAAUGUUAGUUACAGUACUUAAGGAUUACCAAUCAAGGAUGAGAAAUGUUUUUAAACAAAAUGACUUAAAAUAUUUGUGUAGAAAAUUAUUGAACUAAAUUUGACAAAACCACUUUUUAUUUUGAACAUUUGAAAGCUAUUUUACAGCAAUAUAGAAUAUAAUAUAAAUAAAAUGAUGUUAACCAUUACCUCAUGCAAAAAUUAUAGAGAUCCUUGAUCAUGAUGGUCUAUCCCCAUUUGGAGUACUACAGGAUGAUAUUGCAUACAAAUACAAAUAACUUGGAGCAAUCAUUGAUGUUAGAUUUGUAAUAUUAAUAGCCUGUACUUAUGUCAAUACCAUUUUUAAUUGAAUUUUUUUUCUCAUCUUAUUUCAGACAAAUGUGACACAUUCACAAGCUUGUCAAUAUGUCCCUGAUUAUCAGACAGGUUUGGUUUAUAUGUGUAAAUAUGUGGAGCUAGUGGGUCCCCAGAUGUUCUACAUGCCAUACCAAGUGAUUGUUCAAGCCAUUAAUGACAAAGGGGAUGGCCCAGCCACACCAGUAGCCACCAUUAUGUCAGCUGAAGAAAGUUUGUAUUUCACCAAUUCAGUUUUUUGUGUGUUUGUUAUUUGUAUUAAAAGCCUCUUUAUCUGCUACAAAAUAAUGGGAAUUUUAAUAGAUCCCAGUGUAAUUAAGAGUUUCAUAUUUCGAAUUUAAAAUGAGAAAAAUUUUAUUACAUUGUUUAAAAAAUGAUUUUUUAAAAUCAAUUUUAUUACAUGUUUUCCUUCUACUACUCUUGAUUAAUUACUGUAAAAUUGUACUGGAACAUUUUGAUAUGUUUGCAGUGCCACUUGGAGCUCCUGAGAAUGUGAAAGCAAAAGUAUUUAACGGUACAGCUCUGUUAGUGACAUGGACCCCAGUUUCUGAAAAAAGAGAGAGUGCUCGAGGCAAAAUUAAAGGUUACAAGGUAAAAAGAAUUUUGUUACAACAGUGCCACCUAAACUCCUUGAUAUGCAUUUCCUGCAUGCUUCUAUCCCUGAUUAUAGGUGAAACGAUGGAACUUUCGCCUUAUUGUUUUGCAGAACAUUUACCUUAAUUACUUGUGUAUAAUUCUAGAAAUUAUAGUGUCUGAGUCCAUGUAGCCAUGGGUCAGUGCCAUUUGUGAUACCAUGGAGAACACUAGAAGCAGGUGCUCAAGCAGAUUCUCCCAAAUGGAGAAGUGUAACUGAAUGCAGGACAAUGUGGAGUUACCAGUAGCGCUAGUGUACAUGCCUCUAGCUGUACAUUGACCCAGAUACCAGGUGCACUCCGUAUCGGGAAAUUCGUUUGAAAGAAAUUUUGUCAAAAUUGAUAGACGGAAGUUUGAAGUUUGAUCGAAUGGAAAUUGGAUCGAAUUUUGAUUUCAGUUGAACCGAUCGAAUUUUCUUCAAAUUUCUUUGUUUCACUAUACUCUAUAGUAAAACAAAAUAAUGUGUUCUAAAAGAAAUUUGACGCAAAAUUAGAUUGUGUGAACAGAAAAUAAAAUUAAAUCGAAUUUCCGUUCGACCAAACUUCCCUUCAGUCAAAUUUCCAUUAGAUCAAACUUCCGUCCAUUAAUUUGCCAUCGACGAAAUUUCUUUCAAACAAAUUUCCGGUAACCGGUGCACUCACCCAAAAGAAAAAACAGCCGUUGUUUUUUUUACUGAAAUCUUACACUGAGGCACGUGCAUCUAUUGUCAGGAGGAGAGAGGACACUGAUAUAUAUUGCUGGGAUGUCACUUGAUACCAUUGAAUGGGAGAGAGUGUAGGCCUUACGACACCAGCCAUAGUUUAUUACACAGCGCAGCGCUUGCUGCUAGGUAUUAUCUAACAAAAUUAUAAAAAUCACAGAUUUUAUGCUCCCAAGUUUUACCCUCGCCUUAUCCACAAGUCAUAGCAUAUUUCGUAAGUGUUGUUGAAAAAAACUUUCCUCGACUUAUACGAAUAUAUACAGUAUUUCUGCUCACAUUUUUUCCAGCACUAGUCUGAAAUGAUGCACAGCAUUAUUAUCAGUUAACUAUUUUCUGAUCUCUAGAUUAACUAUUGGAAUAGGAGCAAUGAAGUUGAAACUCAAGCCAAGCAAAACAUAAUAGAGCUUAAACCUUGGGAGACCAACUUGAGACAAGGACUUAUCAUAGGUCUUGAGCCUGUCACAUGGUAUUACUUUAAUGUUCAAGUCUACACCUCUGCUGGAAAUGGACCUAAAAGUUCAACUUACGACCAACAAACUUUAAACAGAAGUAAGUUUGUUUUUUAUUUUUGUGAACAUAAAGCAACUGCUAGUGCAUGUAGAUUUCUUUAGUGACUAAAAAUAUUAAUUGCAUUAAAAUGUGGGCUAUGUUAACUUACACUUGUUUUUUUAAUGUAUUAUUUAAUGAACCAUUUAUUUUUUUAAGGUAAUAAAUAAAUCAUGGACAUCUAAAUUGAAUCACUGUAACCUGCACUUGAAAAACUUUGUCUUAACAGUGGCAAGUCAAUACCCAACUGAAGUGUAUGUGUACUCUAUUGAAGGAUUUGGUGUUCGUGUCAAUUUCAGAGGUAUCAGUACACAGAAAAGGGAGGAACCACUACUAGGCUACAAGGUAAAUAAUUUUUGGACGUUAUAUCUAGGCUACAGAGUUUAUAAUGUGGGAUGAUAUGUCUAGACUACGAUGGUGUAAUGUUAUUCUAGGCUACAAAGUUAAGGAUGGUGGGAUUUUAUGUUAAUGUUUCUUCUAAAAUAAUCUAUUAGAUAAAAAUUGUCCUAGUGUCAAUAAUUCUUAAAUAAACUUAAAUUUGUUUGUGUACCUCCCAUCAGGCCCAAGUCUGGAAAGCGUUUGAAAAUAUUCAUAAUGCAAGGGAAGUCAAUUUUGGACUGUCAAGCACUGGUGUAAUUCGUAAUUUAUCCUCAAGUGAACUUUAUGAGCUACGAAUUUUUGCAUACAGCAGAGCUGGACAGGGAAAGAGGAGCUCUCCGUCAGUGUACUUCACAGUUGGGGGUAAGUGGCUUUUGUCAUUUUGUUUAGUUUUUUUAAUUUUUUUUUUAUAAAUGUUAACAUUAAAUCCUCAAAAGUCAAUUCAGUGUAGCAAAAUAAAGUGUAAAGGGAUAACAAAUAAGUUUUUCUUCUAAAAACACCAUACUUAUACAAUAAAUUAAAUAUAAGAUCAGUUUUGUUAUGUAAAUAAUACAUAAAAAAGAUAAACUUAUCUUGCAUUUAAUAAAUAUUUCUAUUAAAAUAGAUAUGAUUAACACUUUAUAAACAGAUAGUUCGUAAAUUCAAUAAUUUUGUCAUACUUAGUAAAUUUAAAUACUAGAAUCAGUAUUACAACAGCUAGCAUAAUUGCCCAAGACAAUCAGGGACUGGAACAAUCUUUCAAAAGGAAUGGUUGAGGCGACAACACUAGACACAUUUGUGUCUAUUGCCUCCAGCCUUCAAACCCCUUGUGCAUGAUUUCCUCAUCAAAACCAGUAACAGAAACAUUGCAAAUCCCAUCUACAUGCAUAGGAGCCAAAAUGAUCAAUAAAUUGAUCGUGGGCCCUUAAGAUAUAGAAGAAGAAGAAGAAGCGAUAAAUUAUCUAUAAUUACAUAUAAAUUGCUAUCAAAUUCCUAAUUUGAGUCCAUUUUUGUACAAAAUUACUAUUGAUAUUUGUAAAAAGUAAAUAAUCUAAAUUUGACACAAAUCAAACAAGCUAUUUUGAUUUAAAAGUUGUAAUUUAUCCAUUUGAGAGGAUAUAAACGUUAGAAUGCAUGUGCCAUGUUGAAGGUCAUUUUGAACAGACUAAAACCAUAUGCCGACAGAAUCAUUGCUGAAGAACAGGUGGGCUUCAGACAAGGAUGGGGCACUACUGAGCAGAUUCUAAACCUCUGAAUACUAUGUGAGAAAUAUGCUCAACACCAACAAAAUCUAUACCACAUCUUUGUUGACUUCAAGAAAGCAUUUGACAGGGUUUGGCAUGCUGCUUUAUGGGCCACCAUGAGGCACUACAACAUCAACACAAACCUAACCAGCAUGAUAUGCAACCUCUAUGAUAAGGCCACCAGUGCAGUCUUCCUCAACAACAUCGGAGAAUGGUUCAAGACCACGGUUGUAGUACCACAAGGCUGCGGAGAAUGGUUCAAGACCACGGUUGGAGUACGACAAGGCUGCCUGCUCUCCCCCACCCUAUUCAACAUCUUCCUAGAGAGAAUUACGUCAGAUGCUCUGGAAGCGCAUGAAGGGACCGUCAGCAUUUGUUGCAGAACAAUCACCAACCUACGCUUUGCGGACGACAUAGACGUGCUGGCUGGGAAUGAAGAAGAGCUGGCCAAUCUGGUAAAGGGUCUCGAUAAGACCUCGUCGUCCUACGGCAUGCUAAUCAGUGCCAAAAAGACAAAACUGAUGACAAAUAAUACAACAGGCAUCACCACUGAAAUUAAGGUCGGGGAGGAAAGAUUAGAGACUGUCGGUCGCUUCAAAUACCUAGGAGCAUUAGUCUCAGAAGAAGGCUCCAAUCCUGAACUGAUGUCCAGGAUUGCGCAGACUACAACAGCACUAAAAAAGCUCAAGAAAAUAUGGAAUGACAAAAAUAUAGCCCCCAGCACCAAAAUCAGGCUGAUGUGCUCAUUAGUCCUCUCCAUUUUCCUCUAUGCCUGCGAAUCCUGGACAUUAACAGCCGAUCUUGAAAGGAAAAUAAAGGCGAUGGAGAUGAGAUGCUUCAGAAGCAGUUUUGGCAUCUGCUAUAGGGACCAUAUCUCCAAUGAUACAGUGAAAGAAAGGGUGCGUCAGGCAAUUGGGGAGUACGAUGACCCACUGGUGACUGUGAAAAAACGCAAAUUACAAUGGUACGGCCACGUAACAAGGAAACAAGAGCUUGCCAAAGAAAUAUUGCAGGGCACCACAAGAGGAGGGAGAAGAAGAGGAAGACAAAGGAAAAGGUGGGAGGAUAACAUCAAUGAGUGGACAGGACUAACACUGGGCUAUGCAGUGCAUAGUGCUGAAGACAGAUGGGAAUGUAGGAGGAUGGUUCACAUGUCAUCUGUGGCGCCCCAACGGUCCAAGGACUAAGGGACAUGAGGAGGAUGAGGAAGUUAAAUUAUAUCAUAAAUUUCUUUUAUUAUUGUUAUAAAUCAUAAUAUUGUAUGGGAGAUGGGAGUUCAUAUUUUCAAACACUGAAGAGCUCUCCAAUUAACAAGCUUUAGCCAUACUUGGGGAAGUCAAUGGACCUAGGGUUAUUGAGUGUAACCAUAUUAUUUCUUAGAAAUUGAUGACGCCGGCUAGCAGCAUAGCAUCAUCAUAGCAUCAUGCCUCCCUUUCCUUAGUUAACGACCGCGGAUGAUUGCAGACACCGCUGUUUGACUGAUAAUUGGGGCAGAAAUAAAUUUGAAAUCUAAUAUGGCUAGUGAUUGUGGUCGUAAAGUCCAAUGGUCGUCAGUUGCAUAGGUCGUAAGUCGCGCACUGGCUGUAAAUGCAGAAAUUUAGAAAUUGCUAUAAUUUAAUUUCUAAUAAACAUUGUAUUGAUUUCCACAGAUGGUCAGAUACAGAUCAAUGCUGAAACAACUGAAAUUUUAGGCGGUGUUUCAGGCAUGAAACCAUCUAUUACCAUUAUUUUGUUAUCAGCAAUUUUAACAUUUUGGAAAUUGAAGUCAUGAGUCAACAAAUUCUCUUUUUACAUUAUCUUUUCUUUUUUUUUUUACCUUUAUGUUUUUGAAACAAUAAUGCAUUCUCAGUUUGUUUGGUUAUAUAAUAAGCAAUAAAACAAAGGUCAUGGCUGGUUGUAGGCAUAAAUUGAAAAAGCAAUUUCUCAUUUUGGAAUUUAUUAGAGGUGAGGGAAUGGCUAUGCGGCACAAACAGUUAUAUCAGAUCUCCACAACUUCCUAUGGACCUCAAACUUUAUAAAAAAAUUUUUUCAACUUUCAUUAAUAAAAUAUAAAUCAAUAAUCCAACAUUUUCAUAUUCUGCGUAAACAUUUUUCCUCUUAGAAAUAAUUUUGAUAUAAAGGGACAGAAACAGGUCAGAUAUAAAUACAUAACAUUUUAUCAUCCGUCAUUAUUUUAUUGUGAUGUGUUAGCAUAUAAUAAUCAAUGUCAUUUAAAACAUGAUUUCUUCCUGAAAGGAAUCUUUUAUAGAAAGAAAACUAAAUAUUGUCCAAUAGAAUAAUCUGUUAAUGAAGCUACUUUGAUCACUUUUUACCCGACAGUGACAUUCGUUAAAACUUGUACAUUUUACUUUUAUUCAAAUCUGUAACAAAAAUGUAUAUAGCUGUAAAAUGCCAGCAUUUUUUUUUUGUAGUUCAAAUUUUGUUAUGAUGCUUCAUUGUGUUUAUUUCUUGAAUCAGUAUCUUAUUCUAAGUCUUUGUGGUUGUAAAGUGUGUGAAAGUGUGAAUUUUUGUAAAUGUCACAAAAUGGACUGCAGUUUUAAAAAAAAUUAAACUAAAAUAUCGCUAAACAUUGACACACAAAACUGAGCUCGUUAAUGGAAAAUAUUUUAGGUUUUACUUUAGGCCUUAGGCUAAUAAUAGAUGUGAAAUUAGACAAUAAUCCUUAUUUAUAUUUUGUUUCAACAUGUUUUAAUAGCAAUUCAGUUUGUCCAUGAUUAUUAUUUCUUCUUAUUAAAACAAGUUAAACUAUUUUUGUAAUUAUAAAAGAAAGGACUUGUUAUAGAAUGCAUUUCAUUUUGUUAUUGCUCCCAACAAUGACUUUUCGCAUUCCAUCAACCCUUUUUUUAUACCUUAAAUAUUUUUGCUGCAACAAAUAUAAUUUUUUUGUAACUUGAAACAAAACAGUAAAUGUUUUGUCAUUACAGUUUCAAUUACCAUAUAAAAUUUCAAUAAUACAUUAUAAAAUAAUCCAAUUUUGUUUUAAAAUAUUUUAAAUGUGUAAUAAUUGAUAAUGGAAUAAUUUGUAGUGUAUAUAAUAAUUAUAAUAAGAUCUUCUCUGAAUUUAAUCAGUGUAGCACAGUUUUAUUGUUAAUCUCUACCCCUUCACUCAAAUAUACAAAUGUUCAAGUACUUUGGUAAUCUUUUCAGUCGGCUAAUUUUUAAAAUAAAUCUUUGAAUCUUUUCUUUUCAGAUUUAUGUGAUGAUUAUGGAUUUUAAAAAAGAAAAUAAUUUUUAAACUCAAUUUCACAAAUUUCAUAUCAACUGCUUUUUGUAUGAAAAUCACCUAAUUUUUAUAAUCAACAUUAAUAAACAAACCCAUCAAUUUGUUGAGUAAGCUAAAAAUGAGAAUACAGUAAAAAGAUGUUGUUACUUGGUUACAAAAAAAUUUUAAAAUCUACAAUAUAAUCAAGAAAGAAAAACAACAUUCUUGUAAUGAAUCUGAGCUAUUGACCAGAUUCUUCAGUUAAGAUUUUGUUUCAUCAUACAAGUUUUCAUUCAUCUUGCAAAUGCUUUUGAAAAAUGGAAAUAACAAAUAUUUUUUAUUAAAAAAUGCUCAUUGAGAUGCAUUUCUUAAGAUUCAUGUCAUUACAUGUACAUAUUUAUAUCAUUACUUACUGUUAAAAUACUUUUAUUAAGAGGGAUCUGUUUAAUUUUUUAUUUUUUUUACUCAUUUUGAUCUCCACUUCUUUUACAAUAUUGCAAUAAUCUUUAUAUAAGUAAAAGUUUAUUUCAGGAAAUGUUUAUCACCCAGAAUAGUACUAGUUAAAAAUUAGCUGCUUGAUUUAGAGUUUUUAGGGGUACCAAAUAACUAUAAAAAAACACAGUACAUGACAGAGGUUUGCACAAAACAGCAAGAGAUAAGUUAAAAUUAAAAUUUGCAGUGCACUUGUUAAAAUGAACAUGAGGCACUUUUAGAAAGCGUAGAUGCAGCAAAGAUGCUGUUUCGGAACCUCUGGUCUUGGAGGUACUGUAAUAUCAGUUUGCAAAAAAUAUUUGAUUAUUUUUUCAAGUAAAAUAAAAAAUGACAAAUUUAAAUUCUUUUUAAUAAACGACUUCAUCAGAAAAAUAGAAGUUAGGGAGAAAAGUAGAAGCAGAAAUUCUGGGUAUUCAACUUUAAAAUACAAUUUGAAGAGCAUUUAUGAUUAAACUUUUAUUUUUAAUAGUUAUAGGGUAUGAAUUGUACUGAAUUGUUUUUGUGCCACUUUUAUACACAUUCCCAUUUUUAAAAAUAAUUAAAAAAUACCUCAAUAUUCAUGG